ACUAAUAUUAUUGUGAAUAAUGCGAUGCUCCUUGUUAUAGCAGCGGUAGCAGCAUCAAUGAUGAUGCUGCCUACAGCAGAAGCUGCAUUGUAUACCGUCGGAGACGACUUGGGUUGGACCAUUCCUCCGGGCGGCGCUGCCACUUAUGCUGCCUGGGCUGCCAAGCAUAGCUUUGUAGUCAAAGAUAUUCUAGUGUUUAACUUUUCUGCCGGAGAAGAUGACUUGGCUGUGGUAACCAAGGAAGAUUUUGACACGUGUAACACCACGGACCCCUUAUAUGAAUUCGAAGAACCAGCGACACUUCAAUUUCUUGCAAGCGAUACAUUUUAUUUCACAAGCUCCUUGGCCGGCCACUGCUCCAAAGGCCAGAAGUUAGCCAUUUACUUCGCUCCCUCUUCAACCGAUUCUCCAAGUCCAAGUCCAACGUCCUCCUUCCCCCUCAAAUUUGUGUCUCAAAAGAUCAUGCAGGGCACGAGAACAUAAUUAAUCAAUUAUGUAACCAUCGAUCUUGAAGCCCAAAUAAAGUUAAUUACGUGAUUAUAUAAUUCUGUAAUUUUCAACAGCUUAAUCUUUUACAUAAAUGCAAGAAUUCAAGCUUGUUUCCUUCCUCCUCUUGUAUCAUAAUUAAUUUGUGAUACCGGAGUUGAUGAAACUGCGUAUGUAUGUUCAACUUUAUUUGAAGAUAAUCAACAUAAAGACAAGACGAGAU